GAUUUGAUGGAUUCUGGCUGGGCGGGGAACGCUCGUGCAACUCACUCGGAAGCAAGCAUUUCCUUCCUUCACCUGAUAUAUGCUGCAGCAAGGAUAGAGUAGUUCUCCUUUUAGUGCUGAAAAGAUAAGAGCUCGGGGCUGCGCAUUUUCCACGAUUUGGAGGCUCUGACGUUUCCCACACACAUGAGUACCAUCCCCACAACACCAGCCUUUCUGAUGUGAGAACAAUUAUGUCUCCCACAAGCAGCACCUUGGAUCAUGAGAAGCCAGAGGCCGUCUUUCCCCAAGUAUUCGAAUAUGUCGAGCCAACUCGAUCUCCUCUUACCCCUGAUGUCGAAUAUGCGCCGUCGAUCGAUGAACCCGCCAAUGUGGAAGAGAGGAGAGAGCGCCGCGGGGAGAGCGUGUGGAGGGUCCUGAAUGAGAGGCAGAUUAAUAUGAUAGCAUUUUCUGGAACAAUUGGAAAUGGAUUAUUUUUGGGCUGCGGCCAUUCUUUGGCGGUCGCGGGUCCCGGCGGCGCAGUUCUCUCCUACGUCCUCAUGGGAACCGUGAUAUCUGCAGUUAUAUCAUGCUUGGGCGAAAUGACAGCUUUGAUGCCGGUCAAUGCUCCAGUUAUGGAGUUUCCUCGGCGAUUCUUGGAUCGUGGUGUUGGUUUUGCAGUUGGUUGGGUCUAUUGGUUUGCGUACGCUAUUCUUGCUGCAGACGAAUUAGUCGCAGUCUCGAACACAGUCAAAUUCCGCUACGAUGAUCGAAAUAUUCCGGGAAUUCCGAACGGGAAAACGUACCUUAAUUGGGAAGUUGGCAACAAUGUUGACAACGCUGUCUGGAUUUCGCUGUUCUUGGUGAUUGUGGUUACAAUCAACAUGCUGCCUGUAAAGGUCUUUGGCCAACUCGAGUACAUCUUUGGGACCAUCAAACUCACAUUCAUCUCCAUGCUGAUUGUCAUGAUGCUAAUUUUGGAUGCCAUGAAACCACGCGCGGAUGCCUACUAUACCGAAACACUUGGGACGAAAUAUUGGAACCAGCCUUACCAAUUCUUCAACAACGAUUACGUGGUGUCGGACGAGGAUGGAAACUUUCAACGAAAUAUCAUGGGGACUUUGGGAACUUUCUUUGGCAUGUGGACAACAAUCAUUCACGUAAUAUUCUCGUACGUUGGGAUGGAUAUAAUUGCCGCAACUGCAGCAGAGAGUAAAGCUUUAGGCGACGCUGAGAGCAUGAAGAUGGGAGCCCGCAAGAUCAAUCUCCGAAUUGUCACACUGUACACUCUGGCUAUGCUGACAGCCUCCUUCGUUGUCCCGAGAGAUCAUCCAUUCAUCAAUGGACAGGGCCAAUCAGUCGGUUCAAGCUCAGUCUUCAUCAUCGCUGUAGUCGAGGCGGGCAUUCCUCAAGCAGCACAUUUCUUCAACGCGAUUUUCGUCUUUUCUUCCUUUACAUGUGCCAUCAAUUCGAUGUAUGUGGCGUCGAGAGUGCUCUAUACAUUGGCUCUACAAGAUCAGACAGGCCCAGAAUUUAUUACGAAACGGCUCCGUGCCUGCCGGUCUGGAGUGCCGAUCAGAGCUGUACUGGCAACUGGUGCCAUAAUGUUGAUAGCCUAUAUGGGGCGUACGGGAUCACCUGGUGAAAGGUUGAGCGAGCUUGCUUCAAACUGUACUGUCUCAUGCCUAAUCGUUUAUGUCGCUAUCUGCGCAACCUAUCUCAGCUUCUUCCAAACCCUCGAAGAAGUCAAGCUCUACGGCAACGCCUCCGAAGCUCAAGCAGCAAUGUACGAUCGAAAUCAUCCCCGCUAUCCAUACAAGUCACACGGCCAAUGGCUCAAAGCAUGCUACGGCAUGGUCUCUUGUAUGAUUCUUUUGAUUUUCAAUGGCGUGGGACCUUUCCUGGAAUCGCCAUUUGAUACUCGUCGCUUCAUCGCUUCAUAUAUUGGUAUCCCGGUCUUCAUCCUCCUCGUUCUGGGAUACAAGAUCAGAAAGCAUGGGUUCAAGAUCAAUCAAUGGGGUCCAGAACGAAGCAACGAUCUACGCAACACAAUACAAGCAAGUAGCGAGAAACGGAAGGGCAGAUUGGAAUUCCUUGACAACGGAUUUACGCGGGAGAACAUACGGACGUUUGGAGACUGGAUCUGGGUAUGGAUGAAGUAGUUAAUCUUGUCGCUUGUUUAUACCAUAAUGAAGUAAUGAAUCUAGCCCAACUAAGAAGGAGACGAAAU